CCUAAAACUUAUUUUAAAAAGUUUAUUAUAUUAAUAUUUUAAAAUAAUAAAUAUGAACAGUGUACUAAUAGUUACAGUUUGUAUAGCUUAUUUAGCUACAUUGCUACAUGGUGCUGAUUUUAAUGGCAAAAAAUGGGUUGUUCUUGCUGCUGCCAGUAAGGGAUGGGAAAACUACGGUGACCAGGCUGACGUGUACCAUGGCUAUCACGUGGUCAAGUCGUUAGGCAUUCCCGACGAAAAUAUCAUACUUUUCUACUACAACGACAUCGCGUAUAACACCAAUAACCCGACCCCUGGUGUUGUCAUAAACACACCCCACGGUCCCAAUGUUUACGCCGGCAUACCCUUAAACCGCAGUUACACUGGUCAUGACAUAACACCUGAUGUAUUAUAGAAAGCAUCAUAAUUUCUUAGCCGUAAUUAGUGGCGAUAGCGAAUCGGUGCAAGCUACAAACUCUCAAGCUGGGGUUAUCAAUAGUGGCCCCGACGAUCACGUGUUUAUCUAUUUAAUUGACCAUGGAUCACCCGAUAUUAUUUAUUUUCCCCAUCAUAAAUUAUACGGCGAGGACCUUGUUGAUACACUUACAGGCAUGGCAUCGAAUAAUCAAUUUGCCAAGCUAGUGUUUUAUCUGGAAACGUGUUACUCAGGCUCAAUUUUUGACCAACUUCUACCAAAUAACAUUAACAUUUACGCUACUACUGCGGCUGCACCUAAUGAAAGUAGCUACUUUUGCGGUUACGAUUACACCUAUAAUACUAGUCUGGGCUCGUUAUAUAGUAAUUUGUUUUUGUUGAACACCGAUACGUUUAAUUUGAACGAGGAGACUUUAGAGCAACAGUUUGAGUAUAUUAAAUAUAAGGCAUAUGAUACUGGCUCAAGUAAGCAAGCUACACAAACAGCGCAACAAUACGGACAAAUGGACAUUGCUAAAUUAGCGGUUUCAGAAUUUCUAGGUUAUAAGCCUGAUCCAGCAAAUGGCACGGCAGCUGAUAUCGCAUACCUGAGCGGAAAGGGAUGCGAACGAGUCAGCAGACGUGAUAAAAUGCUAUAUUUAUUACGACAAAAGAUCGAUAGAAUUACUGACCCUGUUGAAAAACAAAAAUAUGAAAAAGAAUUGGAAAAUUUAAUUAACCACCGUCAGUACGUGGAUGGUAAGCUAUCGGAUUUUGUAAAGCACCUUAGUACAAUAGUUGAUGGUAUUGACCAUGAUACAAUUAUGACUGAAACGCAAAAUUUGCAAAAUCGCGAGUGUUAUCGAAAAUUUGUUGAAGCAUUCGAUAAUAAUAAUUGUUUCAAUCUGGAUAAUUCGUUCGUCAAGGAUAGGCUACAGAUAUUUGUAAAUAUAUGCGAAUUAAUGCGAAACCCGAGUGAAGUGGAUAUCGGCGUCAAUAGUCUGAUACAGUAUUGUCAAGAUAAUAUUGACCAGGAUAUGGCUGAUUAUGAGUAGGUUUAUGAGGUUUUUGAGUAUUGUGUUGAUUUAUAAUUACGAUAUUCUCAAAUGAUGAACAAAAUAAAAUAUUGAAUUUUUUAUCAA